AUCCUCUAAAAGUCCUGAUUGUACGUGACAGCACAAAACCAGCUGUUUUUUCAUUAAUUUCUCUUCUUCUUAAAAAAUGGCGAAAAUAACGCCGGCGUCACCGGCGACCAACUUUGCAAAAUUGUUACCUCGUGACGGUCUUUUUCUCAACGGAUCAUGUGGAAUCGACUCAUCCGCCGUUCUCGGGUUGCCAAGAAUGGUGACAAGGGGAAAGCUCAGGUGCAGCCUGCAGGAGAAGCCACCCGCGAGCGGUGCAGGCUCAAAUGCUAGCAUGGUUGCAUCAAUGGCGGGGGCAGCAUGGGCUGUGACCACAAGUGCUACAGGGCCAGCCAUGGCUUUGGUGGAUGACAGGCUGAGCACAGAAGGAACAGGGCUUCCCUUUGGCUUGAGCAACAACCUUCUUGGGUGGAUACUUUUUGGUGUGUUUGGUCUGAUUUGGUCUCUCUAUUUCGUUUACACUUCAAGCUUAGAUGAGGAUGAUGAUUCUGGGUUGUCCCUCUAAGCCAAGCCCAAUGUUCAGCAGGAAAAAAAAAAUUAAACUUUGUGUAAAUGAAAAUUUUCUCUUCAUGUGAUUGCUUUUAAUUAAACCAGCUGCAACAUUUGCUUCCCCCCUGCAUGUUCUUUUUUUUGGAAAAUGGGUGUGUGAGAAACACCUUUA